CACACACACUCAAGGCAGGCUCCUCCGGUGCUGGCGGCAGCAGAGGAGCGCGUGGGGAACCUGUCGGAGGUCACGUUCUGGGUUAUAGUCCAGAAUACACAUCAGCGUCCAGUCAUCCGUCACCAUCCCUAAGGGGGAGGAAACAGAUGUGCUUCCUUGCCAGCCCCGACAAAUGGCCUCCACUCACGUUCCUCUCCGUUAAUUAAAGAAACCCUCACACUGCGGCCUCCCUUUGAGAAAGGAGGGCCUGCCCUCCACAGCGUCCCAACCGCUCUGACCCCACACCAGGACCCUGGCACCUCUGGUCUAACGAGAAUCAGGACAGAGCCACACCAUUCACCCAGGUUCCGCACACACCCGACGAUGACUUCUGUCCCAGGCUAACCAGAAAGGCCAUGGGUGCUGAGAGAGCCCCCCAGAGCCAGCCGUGCACCUGGCGCCUCCUCGCCCUGGUCCCCAUCCUCAUCCUGGAGGCGUCCCUGGAAUGGAAGACGGCCUACAGCAAGGACCCCUUCCAGAGGUGCAUGCGGGAUCCUGACUACGAGCAGCUGCUCAAGGUCGUGACUUUGGGUCUCAAUCGGACCUCGAAGCCCCAGCAAGUGAUCGUGGUUGGCGCCGGUGUGGCAGGGCUGGUGGCUGCCAAGGUGCUCAGCGAUGCCGGCCACAAGGUUACCAUCUUGGAGGCAGACAACAGGAUUGGGGGCCGCAUCCUCACUUACCGGGACCAGAAGACGGGCUGGACUGGGGAGCUGGGAGCCAUGCGCAUGCCCAGCUCGCAUAGGAUCCUCCAUGAGCUCUGCAAGACCCUGGGACUCAACCUGACCAAAUUCACCCAGUACGACGAGAACACAUGGACGGAAGUGAGCAACGUGAAGCUGCGGAACUACGUGGUAGAGAGGAUGCCAGAGAAGCUGGGCUACAAACUGCACUCCACGGAGAAGGGCCGCGCGCCGGAGGAAAUCUACCAGAUGGCUCUGAACAAGGCCCUCAAGGAUUUCAAGACGCUGGGCUGCACCAAGGCAAUGAAGAAGUUUGAAAGGCACACACUCCUGGGAUACCUCCUUGGGGAGGGGGACCUGAGCCAGCCUGCCACGCAGCUCCUGGGAGAUGUGAUGUCCGAGGACGGCUUCUUCUAUCUCAGCUUUGCCGAGGCCCUACGGGCCCACAGCUGCCUCAGCGACCGGCUCCGGUACAGCCGCAUCGUGGGCGGCUGGGAUCUGCUGCCGCGAGCGCUGCUGAGCUCGCUGUCGGGGCCCCUGAUGUUGUGCGCGCCGGUCAAGGCGAUGACGCAGGAUACGCAGCAGGUGCAUGUGCACAUAGGGACCUCGCUGCCAGACAAGAGUCUGAAGACGUUGACCGCCGACGUGGUGCUGCUGACGGCGAGCGGGCCCGCGCUGCAGCGCAUGAAAUUCUCGCCACCGCUUCCGCGGAAGCUGCAGGAGGCUCUGCGUAGGCUGCACUACGUGCCGGCCACCAAAGUGUUCCUGAGCUUCCGCCGACCCUUCUGGCACGAGGAGCACAUCGAGGGCGGCCACUCGAACACCGACCGCCCGUCGCGGAUGAUAUUCUACCCGCCGCCGGGCGAAGGCGCGCUGCUGCUGGCCUCGUACACGUGGUCGGACGCGUCGGCCACCUUUGCAGGCCUGAGUCGGGAAGACACGCUACGCUUGGCGCUCGACGACGUGGCGGCGCUGCACGGGCCGAUCGUGUACCGGCUCUGGGACGGCAGCGGCGUCGUCAAGCGCUGGGCUGAGGACCCGCACAGCCAGGGCGGCUUCGUCGUACAGCCGCCAUUCUGGCAAGAGGACGAGGACAAGGAGUUCAACUGGGCGGGUCCCUUCGGUCGCCUCUACUUUGCCGGGGAGCACACGGCCUACCCGCAUGGCUGGGUGGAGACGGCCGUCAAGUCGGCGCUGCGCGCCGCAGUGCUGAUCAACAAUCAGGUCCACUGCCAGGAGAGGCGUGUGCGCGCGCCGUAGGCACCUGUGCCCAGCCGGCCCCGUGCAAACCCAAAAAGCGGGAGGCCACCCACCCUCCAGCUCUACACGUGCCUGCUCUGCACACGACCCACCAGAGGACCCAGUAUUAAAGUAUUUUCGGAAAAA